UUAGCCCUUCCUCCAGUAACUGCUCUAAGUCUGUCGUGAACGAAGACACCGAGAACCAUGGCUGAAGAACAACGCUUCUACAAGGAACCCGAGUUUGAUACUCUCCAGAUACAUGCUGGUCAAUUCCCGGACCAGGCGACGCUCGCUCGUGCUCCGCCCAUAUACGCGACUUCCAGCUACGUGUUUAAUAACACUCAACAUGCUGCAGACCUCUUUGGUCUGAAAGCUUUUGGCAAUAUUUAUUCACGCAUUGGAAACCCAACCGUUGACGUAUUCGAGAAACGUAUAGCUGCACUUGAGGGCGGUGUCGCAGCAGUCGCAGCAUCAAGUGGGCACGCUGCCCAGUUCAUGGCAAUCUCUACGAUCGCAGGAACAGGGGACAACAUUGUCUCAACUUCAUAUCUGUAUGGAGGGUCUUACAACCAGCUAAAAGUGUACUUGAAGAAGUACGGCAUAACAGUCAAGUUUGUCCCAGGCGACAAACCCGAGACGUACGCAGCUGCCAUAGACGAUAAGACAAAAGCUCUCUACGUAGAGAGUAUCGGGAAUCCUAAGUAUAAUAUCGCACCACUACCUGAGUUGGCUAAGGUAGCGCACGAUCACGGAAUUCCUUUGAUCGUAGAUAACACCUUCGGGAUGGGAGGGUACCUAGUCCGGCCGAUCGAUCACGGUGCAGACAUCGUCGUACACAGCGCAACAAAAUGGAUUAACGGCCACGGCAACACAAUAGCCGGCGUAGUCGUCGACGCCGGAAAGUUCGACUGGACGAAAUCCGGUCGUUUCCCAUCCUUCACAGAACCCGCAGAGGGGUACCACGGUAUGAAGUUCCACGAAACGUUCGGCGCAGCUGCUUUCGCUAUCAAGCUUCGGGUGGAAAUCUUACGUGACCUCGGAGCGACGAUGAACCCCUUUUCCGCGUUCUUGUGUCUUACAGGUGUCGAGACACUUGCAUUAAGAGCGGAAAGGCAUUGUGAUAACGCCCUAGCCUUAGCACAGUGGCUUGAAUCCCACCCAAGGGUUGCCUGGGUCCAAUACCCUGGGUUGGAGAGCCAUGAUUAUCACCAAGAAGCAAAACGAUUGCUCAGACCGAAUUUAUAUGGCGGGGUAUUGAAUUUCGGUGUGAAGGGAGGAGCGAAGGAAGGGAGAGGUGUAUGUGAUGCGUUGAGAUUGGCGAGUAAUUUGGCGAAUGUUGGGGAUGCGAAGACGCUUGUGAUUCAUCCUGCUACGACUACGCAUCAGCAGUUGAGUGAUGAGGAGCAGGUUUCGGCGGGUGUUACGCCUGAUCUUAUUAGGAUAUCAGUGGGAAUAGAACACAUCUCGGAUAUCAUCGCAGAUUUCAGCCAUGCGUUGGAAGUAGCUAUCCCGGAGGAAAACAUAAAGCAGUAAAACCUCAUUUUUUCAUUGACCAUUGGUAAGUUAAAUAUUAAAGAGGAAGUAGAAGUGGA